ACGGUUACUUUAUGUGUUUCUCUCACGAGAAAUGUUUCAAACUAUUCGCAGCCAACUUGACGCAAUCUUUCCUGUUUGUUUGAUAUUUCGCUUUUGGAUACUGUGAAUAUCAUAGUUACUAAUAAUUUCAAAUAGUAGUCAAAUAGUUCGUCGAACAUACGUAGUGCGCAUUAAAACUUAUUUCUUUGAAACGUAUAAAUAAUUAGACAAUUCCCGAAGAAAAACAAAGUUAAACGGUGUGGUUGUAAACAGAUUAUAGUACCGAUCAAAUUGUAAAAGGGCAAAAUCUCAAUUAGAAGAAAAUCGACAGAAAGAAACCAGAACAGUUCUUGAAGAGCGAUCCGUGCGGUAAACGUUAAGAAGAGGCAGCCGGAUUAAAAAGUGAAUAAGUAUGACAUACCAAUGUGAGAUCUGCGAACGAAGCUUUUGUCUUGAGAUAGAUUUAAUACAACACGUCAUAGAAGUCUUCGAACGAGGCACAGAGAUAUGCAGCCACUGCAACUAUGAAACCAAUGAUAAGGAAGACAUAAAGAACCACAUACAUGUUCAUCUUAACAUCCAGGAUGAAAGUAAUAGUGCGGAGCCAGAACCGUCCUUGGAGAGUGACUUGUGCGUCAAAAAUUUUACCACAAGCAAAGAAAUUAAAAAGAUCAAAAUUUACGAAUGUUAUCUGUGCAACCGAAGGUUCCUAAGAAAGUAUGGAUUCAUAUUUCACUACUGGAAGGACCACAAACAUUUAACGCACCAAUGUCUACAUUGCGAUUACAAAACCAACGAUACGGAAAAUCUGAAGAACCACAUACGACGUGUUCAGUCUAACAGCCAGGAGGGAAGCAACAGUGCGGAGCCGACACCAUCUUUGGAGAGUGAUGCGUGCGGCAAACAUUCCAGCAGAAGCAGGGACAUUGAAAAGCGCAAGAAUAUAUUUUACGAAUGUCAUGUUUGCAACCAAAGGUUCUCUAGAAUGUAUGAAUUGAUAUGUCACUACAGGAAGGUCCAAAAACAUUUAAAGCACCAAUGUGAACAUUGCGACUACAAAACCACCGAUACGGAAGAUCUGAGGAGUCAUAUACAACAUGAUCAUCCUAAUAUCCAGGAGGACUAUGAUAGUGCGGAGCCAGUACCGUCUUUGGUCAGUGAUCCGUGCAGCAAAUAUUUCAGCAGAAGCAGCGACAUUAAAAAGAAUAUCCUUUACCAAUGUGAGAUCUGCGAACGAAGCUUUUAUUGCGAGGCAGAUUUAAUACAGCACAUGAUAGAGGUCGUUGAACGUGGCACAGAUAUAUGCAGUCACUGCAACUACAAAACCGAUGAUAAGGAAAAUUUGAAGAUCCACAUACGACAUGUUCAUCCUAACAUCCAGGAAGAAAACAACAGUGAGGAGUCGGCAUCGUCUUUGGAGAGUAAUGCGUGCGGCAAACAUUCCAGAAGCAGAAGCAGUGACAUCGAAAAGUACAAGAAUAUGCUUUACGAAUGUGAUGUUUGCAACCAAAGGUUUUGUAGAAAGUAUGAAUUGAUAUGUCACUACAGGAUGGUCCACAAAAAUUUAAUGCAUGAAUGUGAACAUUGCGACUACGAAACCAUCGAUAAGGAAGAUCUGAAGCGCCACAUACGAUAUAUUUAUACUCACAUCCAGGAUGAAAUUCUGGAUAAUAGUGCGAAGCUGGAAUCAUCUAUGGACCAUUAUCCGUGCGAUGAACAUUCCAGCAGAAGCAGCGACAUUGAAAAGUGCAAGAAUAUGCUUUACCAAUGUGAGGUCUGCGAACAAAAAUUUUAUUUCGAGAUAGAUUUAAUGCAGCACGCCAUAGAGGUCUUGGGACGUGGCACAGACAUAUGCAGCUACUGUAACUACGCAACCAAUAAUGAGAAAGAUAUGAAGGCCCACAUACGACAUGUUCAUCAUAAUAUCCAGGGAAAAAGCAACAGUGUGGAGCCAGAACCGCUUUUGGAGAGUAUUCCGUGCGACAAACACUCCAGCAGAAACAGUGAAAUUAAAAAGUACGAGAAUAUGCUUUACGAAUGUGAUGUUUGCAUCCAAAGAUUCGCUAGAAAGUAUGAAUUGAUACAUCACUACAGGAAGGUUCACAAACAUUUAAUGCAUCAAUGUGAGCUUUGCGGCUACGAAAUCACCGAUAAGGAAGAUCUGAAUAGCCACAUACAAUGCGUUCAUCCUAAUGUCCAGAAGGAAAGUAAUAGUGCACAGCCGGGACCGUCCUGGGAGAGUGAUCCGUGCGACGAACACUCUAACAGAAGCAGCGACAUUGAAAAGUGCGAGGAAAUGCUUUACCAAUGUGAGGUUUGCGAACAAAGCUUUUAUUUCGAGAUAGAUUUAAUGCAGCACGCCAUGGAAGUCUUGGGACGUGGCACAGAUAUAUGCAGCUACUGCAACUAUGAAACCAAUAAUGAGAAAGAUCUGAAGGUCCACAUACGACAUGUUCAUCAUAAUAUCCAGGGGGAAAACAACAGUGCGGAGCUGGAACCGUUGUUGGAGAGUGAUCCGUGUAACAAACACUCCAGUAGAAGUAGUGACAUCGAAAAGUACAAGAAUAUGCUUUACGAAUGUGAUGUUUGCAAUCAAAGAUUCCCUAGAAAGUAUGAUUUGAUAUGUCACUACAGGAAGGUCCACAAACAUUUAAUGUAUCAAUGUGAGCAUUGCGAUUACGAAACCACUGAUAAGAAAGAUCUGAAUAGCCACAUACAAUGCAUUCAUCCUAAUGUCCAGAAGGAAAGUAAUAGUGCACAGCCGGAACCGUCUUGGGAGAGUGAUCCCUGCGGCAAACAUUUCAGCAGAAGUAGCGACAUAAAAAAGUAUAAGAAUAUGCUUUACGAAUGUAAAGUUUGUAAUCAAAGGCUCCCUAGAAAAUAUGAAUUGAUAUGUCACUAUAGGAAGGUGCACAAACAUUUAUUAUAUCAAUGUGAACAUUGCGACUACGAAACCAUCGAUAAGGAAGAUCUGAGGAGUCACAUACAACGUGCUCAUCCUAACAUUCAGGAGGAAAGUAAUAAUGCGGAUCCGAGUCCGGCUUUGAUUUUAGACAAUGCCCAAUCUGCAACCAAAAGUUCUCUAGAAAACAUGAUUGAUGCAUCACCACAUGACGGUCCACAAGCGUCAGUCAUAUAAGCGUAGCCGUUGCGAUUA